AUGAGGGUGUUCAAGAGCUUGGUUCUUUUAUUUCUGCUACUUGUAGUGAGAGGUUCUAUGGUUCAGCUGAAAAAUGGUGGCUAUGAAGAUAUUGUUAUUGCAAUUAACCCUGAGUUACCAGAAGAUCACAAUAUCAUAAGAAACAUACAGGCCAUGGUCAAAGAGGCUUCUACUUACUUGUUCAAUGCUACAAAACAGAGAUUUUUUUUCAAGGCUGUAAAAAUUAUAAUUCCUCUAUUUCACAUAUGCUCCUGCUCUUCCACAGCCAAAGUUUUUGUCCAUGAAUGGGCCCAUCUUCGUUGGGGAGUGUUUGAUGAAUACAAUAAUGAUGCACCUUUCUAUGUGUCUGUAAAUUCUGGAAAAGCAAGUGUUGAAGCAACAAGGUGUUCAGCUAGUGUCACUGGGAAAUACAUAGUCCAAAGCUGCACGGGAAACAGCUGCACGACAAGAGAAUGCAAAUCUGAUGAACAGACAAAGCUGUAUGAAGCUGGAUGUAAAUUUGUACCAGAAAAAACACAAAAUGCCCCAGCAUCUAUAAUGUAUAUGCAGAGCCUCCCUUCUGUGGUUGAGUUCUGUGAUCAAAGUACUCAUAAUGAAAAGGCUACAAAUCUGCAGAACAAAAUGUGUAACUACCACAGCACCUGGGAAGUAAUUAUGAACUCUAUGGACUUCAGUAACACCUCUCCGAUAAAUAGCGCAAGUCCUCCAUUUGAGACGGCCUUCUCAUUGCUGCAGACCAAAGACAGAGUAGUCUGUCUAGUACUUGAUGUUUCUGGGAGCAUGGACGGGAAUAACCGCAUUAAACGUCUCAAACAAGCUGCAGAGAUAUUCCUGCUACAGGUUAUUGAAACGGGUUCCUGGGUUGGAAUUGUCACAUUCCAUUCUACGGCACAAAUUGAAACUUAUCUACAACAAAUAAUCAAUGAGAAUGUACGCCGGGAUCUUACCGAAUACCUGCCUAUAUCAGCUGGUGGAGGAACUAACAUCUGCGCAGGAGUACACAAAGGAUUUGAGGUGAUUAAACAAAAGUACUCUAAUCUCUAUGGUUCUGAAAUUGUACUGCUGACAGAUGGAGAGGAUGGGGGUAUGAGCAGUUGCCUUACGGAGGUGAAAAACAGUGGAUCGAUCAUUCACACCAUUGCCUUGGGACCAAAUGCUGCUCCAGAACUAGAACAAUUUUCAAAUAUGACGGGAGGCUUAAGGUUUUAUGCCACCGAUACAGUCGACUCCAAUGGCCUUAUUGAUGCAUUCAGUGGAAUUUCAUCAGGAAGUGGAAAUAUUUCUGAACAGUCUAUUCAGCUUGAAAGUACAGCUCAGAGUGUCACAGUCAAGCAGUGGAUGAAUGGUACAGUGACUGUAGAUAGCACUGUGGGAAAGGACACCUUCUUUGUAGUUACAUGGGAUCGAAGCACAUCUCCACCAGACAUUUUACUGAGGGACCCCAAAGGAAAAGAAUAUAGAACGUCAAACUUCACAGUUAGUGAUCUAAACCUCCGAACAGCUCGACUGAAUAUAGCAGGCACUGCAGAGGUGGGGGAUUGGUAUUAUUGGAUUCAAAAUAAGCACACAGAUUCUCAAGUCAUAUCCAUGAUAGUAACCUCUCGAGCCGCAUCUUUGGCUGUGCCUCCAGUGACUGUGAAAGCCCUCAUGAAUAAGGAUACAAACAACUUCCCUAAUCCAAUGGUGAUUUAUGCAGAAGUUAGUCAAGGAUUUUUGCCUGUUCUUGGUGCAACCGUGAUGGCCACUGUUGAACCACAGACUGGAUCUGCAGUGGAGCUCAAACUCCUUGAUGAUGGUUCAGGUGCUGAUAUUACCAAGAAUGAUGGAGUCUAUUCAAAGUACUUUACAUCUUUCAGAGGAAAUGGUAGAUACAACUUAAAAGUGCGUGUCCAAGGAAAAGAUAAGACUGUCAGACUUCGCCGCAGGCAGAGUCGAGCCUUGUAUGUUCCAGGCUACAUAGAAAAUGGUGAAAUUAAAAUGAAUGCACCGAGACCUGAACCUAGUGAUGAUGAAAUUCAAGCAAAGCUAGGGAGUUUCAAUAGAGUUGCCUCAGGAGGUUCUUUUGUAAUGGAGAAUGUUCCUUCAGGAGGAACUACUGAUGUGUUCCCACCCUGUAAAAUUAUUGACCUGGAGGCUCAGUAUGAAGAAGAUAAAAUUCACUUGUCUUGGACAGCUCCCGGGAAUGACUUUGAUGUGGGACAAGCUGACAGAUACAUAAUAAAAAUGAGUGAAAGUCUUCUGGACCUGAGAAACACCUUUGAGGAUGCUACUUCCGUGAAUACUUCCAGUCUGGUACCUAAACCUGCCGGCACCAAAGAAUCAUUUCAGUUUAAAUCAGAAAAUGUCACAAUAGAAAAUGGCACCAUAAUCUACUUUGCAAUACGUGCCAUUGAUAAUGCCUCCCUGACCUCAGAAGUGUCUAAUAUAGCACAAGCAGCUUUGUUUAUCCCUCCAAAGGAAUCCUCGCCUGAUAGUACUCCUAAUGAUGAUGUUAUCAAUGAAGGUAUUAAUGUUUUAACAAUAGUGUUAAUAGUAGCUGGGUCUAUAAUAGCUGUAUCAAUAGCUGUAAGUAUGAUUGUUUGCAUUUUACACAAGAAAAAUAGAAGGGGAGGCCCUGAGCUCAGAAUGUAA